AUGGCGAGUUCCAGCACCGACCCGUCUCAGGAAGAGACUGGCGAGCUGCCUCCUGUUGUCCGCCUCGGCACAACCCAGAACGUCCACUUCACCACCAAGGGCGCCCGCGAUACCCGUACCCACAUCACUGGCCACUGGAACCAUCUUACUAACCAGUAUGGUGCGAGGUACAAAGGGCCCGUGACCGACUACUCGUCGACAUUGGUCCACUGGAUGCGCCACCGAGAUGCGCGGUACAAGGGCGGAUAUCAGGGAGAGGUCGAGAGGCCGAGCCCCAGCUACAUCAUAGACAUGCUCCCGCCGCACGCCAGGGUCACCAACGCGGCCGACUCGCUGCCCGUCAGGCACCUGCACUCGUCCCUGAACAAGGUCAAGCACCCCAUCAACGUGGUCAAGUGGACGCCUGAGGGCCGGCGGCUGCUCACGGCGUCGACGGGUGGCGAGUUCACGCUGUGGAACGGUACUGGCUUCAACUUUGAGACCAUAAUGCAGGCUCAUGAGGCGGCCAUCCGGGCGCUCGCCUACUCGCACCGCGACGAGUGGCUGCUGUCGGGCGACCACGACGGCAUCAUACACUACUGGCAGCCCAACUUCAACAACGUCGAGACCAUCCGCGACUCCAAGGACACGGUGCGCGACAUAGCCUUUGCGCCCAACGACUCCAAGUUCGUCGUGGCCACCGACGACGCUGCCCUGCGCGUCUACGACUUUGCCGCGGCCACGCGCGAGUCCACGCUGAGCGGCCACCACUGGGAGGCCAAGGCCUGCGACUGGCACCCGACCAAGGGCCUGAUCGUGUCGGGCUCCAAGGACCACCUGGUCAAGCUCUGGGACCCGCGCUCGAGCCGGUGCCUGACGACGCUGCGCGGGCACAAGAACACCAUCACCAAGACGCUCUUCGAGCGGGUGCGCGGCAUGUGCCUGGCCACGUCGGCGCGCGACCAGACGGCGCGCGUCUUCGACCUGCGCAUGAUGCGCGACAUCUGCCUGCUGCGCGGCCACGACAAGGACGUCUCGUCGCUGGCCUGGCACCCCAUCCACCCCAACCUGCUCAGCACGGGCGGCGCCGGCGGCGCGCUGCUGCACUACAUCCUCGACGAGCCCAACAUGCCCGACGGCCGCCCGCCGACUGUGGCGCCCUACGACAGCGCCGACCCGGCCGAGACGCCGGCCCAGGUCAUCUUCCCGGCCCACCGGCUCAACCACGCGCACGACUUUGGCAUCUGGUCGCUCGACUGGCACCCGCUGGGCCACAUCAUGGCCUCGGGCUCAAACGACCGCAUCACGCGCUUCUGGACCCGCGCCCGCCCCGGCGACGGCGACAACAUCCUCAACGACCGCUACCACAUCGGCGAGGACGCCGCCGAGGCCCGCGGCACCUGGGACCGCCGCGGCCAGCGCCGCCAGCGCCAGGAGGAGGAGGAGCAGGAGAAGCAGGACGAGCUCGAGGGGCUCGUCGACCAAAAGGCCCCCGUCGCCGGCGGCGGCCCACCCGUCCCGCUGCUGCCGGGCCUCACCGCCGGCAUGCCGGGCCUCAACCUGGCCGCCAACCCGGGCGCCGCCGCCGCCAUCCCCGGCUUCAAGACGGGCGGACUCGACGCCGGCGGCAACAGCAGCGCCUUUGACGUGGAGAGUGGGUUACUUUUGGCUUUUUUUGAAGCAAUUCCAGAGUGA